AUGCUUAAUUUCGAUGUGGGACUGUGGACAUCAAUUGUGGGACUGCCACGUGUCCCUGGGGGUGAGGUUGCCCUAAUGGUGCGACCAGUAGGAGUGGUACCGAAGAUAGGUGCCGAAGGCUCCCAUAGCUCUGGUUUGGUCCACGUGUCCGAUAUUCAUUGGCUGUUCAUUUUGGUAUAA